AUGGGAGGGGGAGCCAUCACUCUGACGCCGGAAUUCGGCGAGACGAGCGUGGACGAUCUACGAAUGCCACGGUACGACACCGUGUUCAUCCACCCUUUGACACUCUUCCCAGCUCCAUCCCAGCUGCGGCGUCCCGCGUGCGACCCAAAAGAAGAGAGAGAAAAGGCCAACAACCUGCGCGGUAGAUCUUCUCGUGUCAUGUCACCCACCCCAAGAGCUAUGAUUAUCGCUGCUCUCGCUGCGCUCUUCCUGACCUUGCCCAUGUCCACCUUCCUCCUUCGCGCCGGCGCCAGCGCGGUUUCUGAUACAUUUUACAUGCUAAGCGAAGGCCCCUACCUCGAUGUCACGGACAUGCGCGAGGCCAUUCAAGAGGAGGGGGGGUGCUGA